CGCGAUAGCGACAACGCCUAGCUGGCGCUCGAUCGAGCCAGUACGCUGCGGACAUAUUGCUGGCUGAAAAAAAAAAUAAUAAUUUGAAGGAAAAGAGAAUCUAGCGAUAGUCGUACCAGAAGCCUGUUUCAUUUGCCGCUAAUCCCUCUCUGUUUGGUGGUUCAGUUCUCUGUCCUAUACCUGUCCCUCCCAACUGCAUGGCACCAGGAAAGCUCCGCCCACCCACCGACUUAACAUGAUUUCUGCUGAUUCCAACCCGUACUGCUUACCAUGGAUUUUAGACGACACGGGUUCAAGUACCAGUUGGCCAGAAUCAGCGAAGAGGACGAGGAGGCAGAAGAGGAGGGAACAGAUGAAGGGACUGCCCUGAUGGAUGAGCAAGACGAUAAUGCCUUCAAGGAUGAGGAUGAUCCAGAGUCUGAUGGUGUUGACGGCUCACCUUCCCCUCAUAGUGAUGGUGAGACUUCCCCUCAUAGUGAUGAUGAAGCUUCCCCUCGCAGUGACAGUGAGACUGACCCAGAGGGAAAUCCCACUGGUGAACUUGAGACUGAUACCGCUGCUGUAAGCAGUGGCAACGUAGAGGACAAGCAAGCAGGGGGAGGUUGUAAGGAAGAUGAAGGCAUGGCUUCAAGGCCACCAGGAUACCAAGAUCCUCCAUCAUACGAGGAAACUAUCAGGAUGUCGGCCAUCAAGGUGGAGGGUGAGACACCGAAACGGGACAGGGAUGAGGAUUUGGAAUGGGAUCAGGAUGAAUCUGUGGAGCCCAACGUCAUCGUCAAUCCUUUUAGUGAUCUGAGGGAUGGAUCUCCCCAGGAGGACAUUGAGCUUGGGGAAAUGCCAGGUCGCUCACCACGACUGACAGGAGCAACAGCCGAAGUUACUCCCAGUGGUGAUUCCAUCAAGCGUUUUGUUCAGCCGAUGGAGAUUGAAAGCCAGACAACCCAGAAGCCGUUCCACAUUUGUUUCUCAGAAAUGAACUCCCGCAGUCUUCUGAUCAUAAUCUUUAGCAUCCUCAUUGCCAUAGUAGCAGUGCUGAUCGUCGUGCUUCUCCCCUUGGCCUUCUCAUAUGUGGAGUACUACGAGCUUGGCCUAAAGCAGCAGCGAUCCACAGGUCAAGUCUUCUUCAACGAUGGGGCCUUUGAGUCAGGCCGGCAUGCCGUCGGACCAGACUACAUCUUCAAGAAGUACCCUUCUUGGGCCACCAGUGUCCACCUGGACGACAUCGCUGUCAUCACCACGGCAGGAUUGUCGCUCAGCUUCUCCUGCAGCUUCCAGUAUUUCAUCAGAGAGGAAGAACUAGGCCUACUGGAGCAGCGAUUUGACCAGGGAUACCCCGAGGUGAUCAAGUUUGUGGCUGAGGCAGCUCUCAAGAAUGUGGCAGCUUCCAUCAACUUAUCCCUGUAUCUGGAGCAGAGGAGACAAGUGGAGAUCCUGUUUCAUGAUGCGCUUCGAGCCAAACUGGGUGGCAACUGUUGUCCAGAUCUUGAGGAGUGCCUGCGAUACGACACCUGCCACCUGUGCAGCAACUCCGAUGUCUGCAGUCGGGGCUACCACAUCAACGUGCCUUUCUUCCAGCUCCUAGAGAUCAAUCUGCCCGACGUCAUCCUGGACAGGAACCUGCAGGUGCAGCUGAUGCAUGAGGAGGCCGAAAAGGAGACCUUCCUGCAGCAGGAGCGUCUCACUAGGAAAAGGACAGAGGAACUGGUGCAAGGGAUUCUGAAUUCAGCUUCGGAGGUAACCAAUAACAGUACUUCACAGGCCAGUUUGAUUCAAUCCCUCGGCGAGGCAGAGGCGCGGGCCAUAGUAGAAGGCUCUGUCAGCGGAGGUCUGACCUUGAUGUACAACAGCAUGAACGUGACCGUAGACCAGCACAAGGCCUCCCUUCAUUGGCUGAGGACUCUGGAGAAACAAGAUAGGCUGGUCAUGGGGGUUAGCUUCCAGGAAUACAUGAAACUGAUCAAAAACUGGACUGUCACUUAGGGUUUUUUUUGUGGGGGGGGGGUAAUUAUCAAGUGCCAGGUAUGUAGAUAGAUUGCCAAUGUGAUCGGAAAUACGAUAGCCAUUACUGAGGCCAUCUUGGACUAAUCUAUAGCACAUGCUGCACGAUGUAUAUUUCAGUGUAAAAAGUAUGAUAUUUCUGAUGUAUUUUCUUACACUUUGGACUUUCAGGUGAGAAAUGAGAGAUCUCCCAUACAAAAAGAUAUUUAUUUUAUCAACUAUCAAACUGCAUCCAGGCCCAAACUAAAGUUGGCUGCUGGGGAAGCUUUCAAACGGCACUUUGGAAGGAUGCCUCCAACCACCACAAAUAUGGUGAAAGAAAAAGGGUCAGGUUCCUCAGAGGGCCACUUUGAGUGAAAUUAUAACAGUACAGAUUAUGAUAAAUUAACACUAUGAACUUGUAUCACAGUUAACGAGUGAAUAAAACUUAAUUUGUCGUCUUAUAAAUAACAUAAUUGCCAAGUAUUUCUUCCAUUCUUGACAUGGAUCCUUUUGUUGUGCACUGGUUAUGACAAGUAUUUCUCACCCACUUUAAACGCAGAUCACGCAAAUGUACAUUUUUGUAAAUUUAGUUAACGUUUAUACAAAAUGGAAUUUGCUGUUUUAUUGAGCAAAAAUAAAGUGAAUGUGUCUUUUUUUGUAAACUUUG